UCUGUUAAAACUGGUUAAGAGACAGUCAAGUUAAAUCUAUUGUGUUAUCAGUGUUGUGAGUUCGAGUGAUCUAGUGAUUUAAACGUAAAUGAGAUCCAACAAGAAGAAGGUGUCUUUGCAAAAAUUGUCCAGUGCUAACACAAACUGCAAUAUGCACAAGUGACGAGAAUCUGCGUCUACUUUCACAUGAGUGACUAUUCGUUUCUAAACAAUGACUAUAAACUUUGAGCGCCUUCGAAAAUUAACAAGUGUUACUUGCAGACUUUUAUAAAAAAAACAAUGAAGUUACUAUUAAUAAUAAGUGUUUUUACAUCAAUAAGUGCAAUAAAAGUACCUAAUGCUUGGCCCACGCUGCCGAACCAAAACAAUGUAAAUAGAGACAGUCAACCAAGAAGGCAGCAAGAAACCCUUGCUCAGGCAGUACCCGAUUACAACAACAUCAAUCAAUACAUUAACAAUGUACCAAAUACAGCCCCAAAUGGACUAAUUUCCAAUGGAAACUUAUUUGGGAAUCUAGCAACGGAUUACGAUUGGUUCAACGCGAUAGCUCCGAAUAAUGGUAUAGUCUUGGUUAAUCCUCCUAACCAUAUAAGCAACGCAAAUCUACAGAACAGCAUCAAUCCACUCGCCGACAAUGAAAACGAAUUAAGAAGAGAUCCUUAUGCCCAACAGAAGCAACGUCCACAAUUUCAGAGGAAUUACAACAGAAGACCUGUCGUUCCUAAUAAUUCAGGCCCAGCAUCGUACAGUGGAGUACCAGGUCAAGUCCCUUACAUAACCUAUACAACCCAAAGGCCAGCGUCUCAGUUAGUUGCAUUCAAUACCGUACCGUCUCAAGCAGUCAAUAGAAAGCAGGCCUAUCCGCGAGUGAACAAUCCUAACACUGUACUUCCCAUAACCGAAUUAGAUUUCAGCCCAUUAGAUCCUUUUCCUCACAGCAAUCAAGAUGGUCAAGCUGCCACUCAAAUAAAUAAUCAAAAUACUCUUUUCAGCACUUCUCAACCAAUAAAUACUUUGAAUUUCAAUUUACACAAUCCCUUUGCUCGAAAUCCUCAAAUAAAUGGUUAUCAAAUCAACCAGUUUCCUCAGGCUGGCCAAGUACCUAGCAACAAAUUGUUUCAUGCGGUAACAGAUAAUACAAAACCUACAAAUAAUCCAACAGCUUUAAAAAACUUAAAUUUUAAUCCCUUUACAAAAAAUUAUCGGGAUCACAGAACGCAUGAGCCUACCCAAUAUGACCCAAAUUAUGUUAGAGAAGCUGUACCAAAAGUAGAAAGGCUAGAAUCUGAAAAGGCACCUAUAGUAAAUAAUCAUGAGCACACAGAAGAUGUUCCUACCAGGCCUAUUUAUCCCGGUGAAGGACAAUGGGCUAAACCAGGGUUUAAACAUCGACCCUUUGUUAGUAAACAAAAAUACAUUAACUUAGAGGAACCUAACCAACAACCUGAUGGAUACGAUACAUUCUUAGAAGCUCAAAAAUUGUUUGAGAAUCAAAAGAAAGAAUUCGGGUUGAAAUUGCAACCAAGCACUGAUAGUUCGCCCACUCAACAAAGUUCUAAGGAAGCAAACACUGAAGAGAGUGAAAUAUUUGUACCAACAAGACUGUACGCUCAAGUAAGACAUAGCGAGGAUGAAAAACACCUGCCUCCGGAGUCCGAUGAAAAUGGACGACUCAAAGAACUUGUCAAAGAUACAAAAGUUCAAACUAUUUACUCUGAAGAAGGGUUUGAAGAUAGUGCUUACGACCAUGCGGGUCAUGAGAAAAAAGCUGAAAAUGUCGAAGAUUUCGAAUCAGACGAGAAAAAUAAAGAAUUGAAGGAAAAGAAAAAGAUUCCAGUAACAAAAGUCGACCGACAAUCUGCAAGUUACUCUAUCGGCGACCAAGAUUUAAAAAAGGAGGAUAUAGAGAAACUUAAAAAAGAAGAAUUGAACCUAGAAGAUGAAGAUGAUGAAGAAGAUGACGACUCUGAACCAGCUGGUACCCAUUACGAGGAAGAAUCAUACUUAAAUAAAAUCAUACCGACAAAAACUACGGAUGGUGUAAAAAAAGUGGAUGCUUUAAUUAGACCUAAAGAAGUUAAAACCGUAACCGCUAAAGCUAAAACCGGAGAAAAUAUAGAAAUGGAAAUAUCCAGUGAAGUUAAAGCUGUACCUCAACCAAAUAAUAGCACAAAGUUUCAUAAAUAUGUAAAAAUCUAUCCCAAAGUCAAUAAAACUGUGACUGCCAAUAUUAAUUUAAUAGAACCUGAAAACAAUACAUUACACUAUGGGAAAGAAGGUAAGCUUGAUGCAGAAAAAAGUGUUUUAUCCCUGAAUCCGCAUGAAAUUUUUAUCGAAGAAAUAAUUAACCAAACAAAUAGUGAUACCGCAGAACAAGAAUAUAUUUCUACUACGGCAACACCUACCGAGUACACAGAAAUUGUAACAAUGGAAAUACCAACAACUACCGAGGCAACUACUUCUCUCCCGAAAUUAGUAGUAAAAAAUGAAGAUCAACCUCCUGAAGGUCUAGAAAGACCCGAAUUAAAAUUACAGGCACGUAAAAAAAGAUCUGCUGAUGGAAUUGCUACAAUUGAAAUAGAUACUGAUUUUAUAGACGAAAUAAAUCACGACAUAGGUAAACCAACAGAAAAGUCAAACGCUCCGAUUGAAAAUAAAUAUCCAUAUUACAAAGCUUAUGAAGAGAAAGGUCUAAAUGAAAAUUCACCAUUAAGAUACGCAGAAGAUUUGCAAAAUGCCCCGAAAAAAAUUGAAGGUAAAUUAGCCUUCUAUGAUCUCGCUGAUAAAAAAAUGGCCUGCUCUGAUGUUAAUCCAGAAGUCGAUCCGGUACCUGAUAGAAUUAAAAACGCAGACGAAAGUAUUGAAGAUGAAGAAGAAGAUGAAGGUAACGAUCCAGCUACUAAAGAUCCUAGACUGGGAAAGUUAGGUGAUAAAAUUGACUGCUUCAAAGUAAAAUACUUUGGCGAAAAUCCUUUGGACAAUCCAUUCUUCCAGGAAAAACUGGUUGGACCUGUGAAACCUAUCUUCUCAGAAAUUGAAAAUAUCUCUACGAAAAAAACUGAAGAUAAUGUAGGGAGGAGAUCUAACACGCAAAGUACAAAAAAUGAACCAAAUAGCCCUAUAAACGCCAAUAAAGAAAAGGAACUGUUACACGUUGCAGCUAGUAACCAUGGCAUAGAAAAUGAGGUUGUUGACAGUUUACCAUACAAAUCUGGUUUGAGAAGUUGGUCUCCAGGGAAAAAUUUUGGACUGGGUGAAAACACCGAAAGAGAUUCUAAAUAUACAAAUCACUUUGUUGAAAAAAACCCUAAUCCAAUAGUGAACAUAGAACUAGAGCCAAAGCAGUCUAAAAUAUCUCAUAAUGAUGGUGAUAAAAUGAAUGUACAAAAUUUCCAUGAAUUACCUCCUUUGAUCACCACUCCAAAAUAUACCAUACAGUUAAAACCAAAACAUAUUUACGACCAAAUUGAACUCCUUGAAUAUUUGCCAGAGGACGAAUUUGAGGAAGUGAAGAAGGCAAUCAACGCUGAAUUACCUAAACUGAAUAUAACUGAGGUCACUACGUCUUCACCAAUUAUAAAUAAAACCGAAACUGUUUCCAAUGCACCUGUAGCAAAGAAGAAAAAGAAAAAGGGUAAAAAGAAAGGUAAGAGAAGAAGAGCAAAAGUACUUAAAAAGGCAGAGGAAAGUAUGAAAAUGGAAACAUCUGAUAUUAAGAAACCUGAAUCUUUCUCAGAAGCAGAUACUUUACAACUCGUAAUGAAACCACGAAACCCUUCGUACGAAAUUUUUGACAUCAACAAGUUUAUACCAAAACCUCCACCGAUUCUAACGAAUAUACAACCCAGUAGAAAAAUCAGUAUUCAACCCAGUAGGCCCAAUUAUAUAAUACCAGCUUCUUUACAUAAUCCGACAUACCACAUUUUUGAUAUUAACAAAUUUCUACCCACUACACCUUUCCCAAUCUUUAAAGACCUCAUGACAAGAACCACUGUUCUCCCCAAAUAUAAAGUUAUAAGUGAAGUUUUCUACAAAGACGACAUAAAACCCAACGAACAACUUAACGUCUUUACAGACGUACUUAAGCAUAUAAAGAACUUUCCUAAGCCUAAAGAUGAUUUUCAAGAAUCAUCAGAGCCAAUCUCUGUUAAACUGAAUGCUGAAAAGAUUUCUGAAGAAUUUGCCCAAAAUUUAUUUGAAAAAGAUAACAAAGUGUUGUCAAGUACUGUUACCACAAUAAUAUCAACACUUGAGCCUAAAAUACAAGCCAGUAAUCACAAAUAUCCACAAGUAGAAAAUCCUGUUGGUUCAGGAAAACAUUUAAAAAAAAGAAAGAAGUCAAAAAGAAGAAGACGAAUUAAAACUACAACACAAGAGACACCAGUUGUUAUCGAGCAAUCAACAUCAACUUUAUUCAUCAGGGAACCUACGGAAGUCAUGGGUCUGAUGCCUCCAAUAAUUCAAGGCUAUAAAACCAUAUAUCAUCCAAAGAGAGACAAUGCUCAACAUAUUUCAAACCCGACUAUUAGAAUUGAAGAAAGGAAAAUCAAUAAAUAUUUUGUUCAAGGUAUGAGACCACCGCCAAAACAAAGGGUAUAUCUCUAUUCAGACUUCCUAACAGAUAAUCAUAUUGGACAAAUUAUGGGUAAACCAAAUAGAAAUAAGUUAAGAAGUAAACGAAGCGCCCAAAGGCCUGCAUAUGCACAAGUAUCCCGAAAUAAUACUAAACAACCAGAUGCAGAAGCGAAAAAGGAAGAAGAUGACUACGUACCUCAAAGAUCCAGAAAUUAUCACUAUGACGAGAAAACGGGUAAAAUUAUAUACGAUAAAAAGCCUCAAGAACAAACAGAAGAGGAAGAAGAAGUAGAAUAUAUCGAAGUUGUUGAAAAAGCUCCAAAAACAACUGAAAAACCUAAACAGAAUCCUGUGUUUGCUACAGCCACACCUCCGCCAGAAGGGCAAAGUUAUACUGAUUUUGUGAAAUUACUUAAGAGUGCUAGUAAUUAUAAAGAAAUUCCUGAUCCAACCACCACCGAAAAAGGUGCUGAAGAAGUAACACAGAAAAUGAUCACAUCUACACCGACAUCAGUAUCUACCAACCCACCUGAAUUUUUAUCUAUACUUGCUAAAGUUCGUAAAGAUAAUAACUAUAAAUUAAUUGAGGACAAGAAGAAAACUACAACGACCCCAAAACCUACUGAAGAAGAAGAAAAAGAGGAAGAAGCUGAAAAUUCCGAAGAAGAAUCUCAAGUUGAUGAUGUAAGAAACUCGCCAGGAGGGUACGAAACUGGCACCAAUUUAGAAAUUUUUGAUAUAUCCGACUUUUUGCCAAACAUUAAGAGUUAUUUACCGAAGACGUCCAUUGACACAUCAAAAUAUAAAACUAUAGAACGACCAAAUGUUCGACACAGUAGUAACUCUGAAGAGGACACUAACAAAGAACCUAUAUCCAAAACGGAGAAGGCAGCAGCAAGUACUGAACAGAGACAAACGAAAGAGCAAGCACAAAGACAGUCCGCUUCAAUUCAAACUAAAACUACCACACCUGCUUCCGAAGUAACCAGUCAAAAAAUUAUUCGUUUAAGUAGAAGACGAACAACAACUGCUAAUACCAUCGAAGCUCAAGUUGAUGCUGAAAGUACCACACAGACUACUUUAACAGCUGACGGAUCUAGUGCAGUUCAGCACGAUAAACCUAGAAGGAACUAUAGAAGAAGACCAACAAGAAUCAAGACGACACCUGCAACAAACGAUACUUCUGAAGUAGUAACAGAAGCUUCAAGAAUUGUGCGAAGAAGAGCUGAAAGAGACUCAAAUUUACAUGCAGAAGGUAAUGAGAAACAUGAACAAAUUAUUGAAAGAAAUGGUAAUGUGCCUAAUCAACCGAUUAUUAUGGAAGAUUAUGUAGACUAUGAAGUUCCAGAUAACGUUAAUAGUACUAGUGAAGAGCAAAUAGAUAACGUAGAAUCAGUAGCGAAAAAAGUAGUCGAUGUUUUCAAAAACUAUAAUAAGGAACAAAAACAUGGAGGGAAUUAUAAAAAGGAAGAUGAAAUUACUGAACAAGCUGAAAUUGCAGCACUUGAAGAACAAGAUAAAAUUAGAGAAUCUGUAGACGAUAUGAAAACAUCCGAUAAAUUAAAGAAGAAUGGAACAGAGGAUACGAUCAAACCAAAAGAACACAUAAAAACUGUCCCUAAGAAAACGGAUCUGGAAGACGUAAAGAAGGUAGAAGUCUUUAAAAACUAUGAUAAAAGUAAAAAGCAUGGUGGCAACUAUAGACCUGCAAAUGACAAGAUAAAUGUAAAUGAACAAGGCGAAUCAGGUCUAGAAAAACAUGAAAGUAUCCAAAUAGCGAACGUAAAUGUAUUUCAAGAUUAUGACAGGACAAAGAAACAUGGUGGAAAUUACAAAGCAGCCAAUGAUACCUUGGAAAAACAGAAAACUAAUGGUCAAUUGGAAAACCCUGUACUAUUAAAAAAUAUAGACGUAUUCAAAGAUUACGAUAAAACGAAAAAACACGGGGGCAACUACAGAUCAGAAAAUGAUACAGCUAAUAUUCAAUUAGAAAGCCCUGUACAGUUAAAAAAAGUAGAGAUAUUUAAAGAUUAUGAUAAGACGAAGAAACACGGAGGCAACUACAGAUCAGAAAAUGACCCAGCUAAUAUUAAAUUAGAAAAUCCUGUAUUAUUAAAAAAUGUAGAAGUAUUUAAAGAUUACAAUAAGACGAAAAAGCACGGAGGCAACUACAGGUCAGAAAAUGACUCAGCUAAAAUUAAAUUAGAAAAUCCUGUGCUAUUAAAAAAUGUAGAGGUAUAUAAAGAUUACGACAAGACGAAGAAGCAUGGGGGCAACUACAGGUCAAAAAGUGAAGAAGCAAUACCGGAACAGCAACUAGAGGAAAGUCAGUUCGGAUCACCACAGGUCAGAAUAAACAACUUUAACGAUGGAACUGAAAAGAAAAGUUCGGUAGAAGUUUUUAAAGAUUAUGAUAAGGCGAAGCAUCACGGAGGCAACUACAGGUCAGAAAAUGACUCAGGUAAUAUUAAAUUAGAAAAUCCUGUAUUAUUAAAAAAUGUGGAGAUAUUUAAAAACUACGACAAUACGAAGAAACAUGGAGGCAACUAUAGGCCAGAAAAUGAUGAAAGGAUUCCAGAGCAACAAUUAGAGGAAAGCCAAUUCGGAUCACCACAGGUCAGACAAAACAACCUUAACGAUGGAACCGAAAAGAAAAGUUCGGUGGAAGUUUUUAAAGACUAUGACAAAACAAAAAAGCAUGGAGGAAACUACAUGCGUGAAAACGAAAGCACGGACAAAGCGGCAACACUUGAGAAUCAACAAGCAAUAAACCAAGCCAAAGAUGUUGACGUUUUUAAAAAUUAUGACGAAACCAAGAAGACCGGAGGUAAUUACAGACAAGAAGAUGAAAUUAUUGAACUGAAAGCAGAUGAAACUCGUUUUUCGAAAAGCGAAAUACCCGUCCAAACGAAAAGGUAUGUAGAAAACAGGAAUGACGUUCAGAAAUUAGCGAACGCGGUACCAAAACCCGAAGAGAUUUAUUCAGACUUAAAGUUACCACUCGACAUCAACGCAUUAAAAAUUAUAAAAGACUUGCCAAAUGAAGAGUUGGAAGAGAUAGUAAACAGCGCAGAAGAUGAUGAUGAUGGUACGAAAGAGGGAGUAAGGGAAGAUGACCAAACUGCCAGAGUUAUAACAAUCGGCAAUAAAUUUAAAAUUCCAUCGUUUGUAGAAGGAUUCGCUGCACCUACGAAGAAACCAUUUUUUAUUAAAGACCCCAGUAAAAGACUAUACUUCUAUGCACCUGUUAGAUAAAUUGUAAAUAAUUAGGUUUCUUAUUUAAUUGUACAAUAAAUUUAUUUUUAUUA